GAAAGCUAAUUUACUAAAUAAGGUAUCGGGAUGCAAGAUAACACAAUGCUAAACAGUAUAAUUGUAACUGAAGGCAAUCAAUCAAAUAAAAUGAGAGAGGGUGUCCAGAAACCAAAGGCCUUACUCUCAUGCUGAAGGUGAGGCGGCUAGGGAGCAACACGAUGCAGAGACGAGCGGAAAGGAAAAAGGGGCGUCUCGUGACCUGCAAAGAGUUUUCUCUUUCCCUCUGAAAGGAAGGCGGAAACAGAGCAGUGAACAGUCCUCUGGGAUACGUAGUUCUUCUUCUCAUGUGAGACAGGUAUACCCAGAACUGGAGCGAUAACUCUUCAACUCCCAGUGCACUACAUGAUGUUACGAUGUGGAAUACCGGUAGCAAAAAUCAUCAAACCAUGACACUGGGUUGGUGGCCCCCCUGGCCCCUGUGAUGUCAGAAUGCAGUGGCUGUGACUGCCCAUGGCCUCAGCACUCUGCAGCCCCCAGGUGCCUCCCCGCACAGUUGGGCCACUGCUCCUACGGGUGCACAGGCACAGUGUACAGGCCGGAGCAGGACCGUGGGCAGGCGUUGAGGCUUGGCUUUCUGGAGAGCAGCAGCUCUGUUGGCUGAGCGAAGGCAGUUUCUGCUGGUGUGGCUCAGCCCUCUGUUCAGCUGUGAGGCGUUGCGGGUCCCACGGGGCAUCUGUCCUGGGGACACGGGCAGGAGGAGGUGCUGGAGCUGUUGGCACCUCUGAAGACUUUGCAAGAGUUUGCGUGUCUUCCUUGAGCGCAUCCUUCAGGAUUUAGGUUCUGAGGAGCCUCUGGAGGAGAGGGGCAGUGCUGCAAUGGCCAACAGGAGCCAUCUGCAGCAGGAAGGCCCAUUGGAGGCAUCAGAUGACUAUCGCUGCGCCAUCUGCCUGGACAACAUCAGCAACAUGGCGUGCGUGGACCCGUGCUUCCAUCGCUUCUGUUCUGGCUGCAUCCGGCGGUGGGCUACCACAAGAGCUGUUUGCCCACUCUGCAGGCAGCCUAUUGACCGUGUCCUGCACACGGUGAGAGCAGAUGACGACUACCAGGAGUACGUAGUCGGCGGCUCAUCCUCCCGUUGGCAGAGAAGAAGGGCCAGGGAGAGGUCCAGGAGCAGAUCCCCGCUGCGGCAAAGACAGUCCGGGAACAACGGGCUCCCAGUGAGGAGGAACUCCACGGGCAGCGGCCAAGUGUCACGGGCUGAUGCAGCUCCAAGUGCUCCUGCAGCGAGCACUUCUGGGGAGCAAAGCCCACCAAGCACAGCAGAGCGCAUCGUCAGCCCUGGUGAUGGAGCUUCCGUCCGCAUUGGCGCGCUGCAGCUGCCACCUCUACGGAUCCAGCUCCCCAAUCGGAGAGCCCAGUAAGCCUCUGGAUGCUUUUCAGGGCGUGGCUUUUUCCAAACCAAAGAGCAAUCCCGUGCAGGGAAUACUUCCCAGCGUUGUCCCAAGGCCUGGGAAAUCAAGAGGGGAGGACUUCCCAGAGUGUGCAGUGAUUUUGUUUAACGGAAGUGCCGCAACGGGGAAUAUUUCACUCCCUCAGUUCCAGCAGCCUGAGCCCUUCCGUGAUGCUUCUCUACAACGGCAGCCCCACAUCCUCCAUCCCAGGAGCCUGUGGCUGUGGCUGGGAGGCAGAAGGGGGCCGAUCAUCUCCUCACUGACCAGAAAAUUGGGGAUGAUAAUAAUGAUGACGAUUAAAGAAUACAGGAAACAAGUAGCGCACAGCGUAAUUGUUCCCCACUCACCCGAGCGGUGCCCAGCCAGUUCCCGGGCAGCAGACCCUGCCACCAGCAGGUUCAGUUCCCUCCUGCUUUCUUGUGAACCCUCAGCCCCCCUCAGGCAGGGCAAGGGUCCUUGAGUGUGAGCACCUGUUGGCAAGAACUAACACAUCGGGGCCAGAUCAACAGUACUCUCAUCCUAAACGCAAAACGCAGCACCAUGACAGC